AGAGGGUAGAAUCAUGACAUUGCCCGGGAUUAAUUGUGUUAAUAUGCUGAGAGGGGCACUGGGUAUUCAGAGGUCGUCGUUUCGGCUUUUGCAGACAACAGCAGUAUGUCACAAGGUUGUCGCUGGGAGAGUAAGAGUUAGUAAAGGAGAGAAACCAGUCACUUACGAACAGUCCAACCCACCACAUUACAUUGGUGUAAGGAAGGGUUGGAACUCCAAACAUACAGCGAAUCUGGAAGGAGAAAUUGGCACCGCAGACCGCGUCCUCGAAGACCUCUUCAUUCGGAAAUUCAUGUAUGGGACAUUUCACAAUUGUAUGGCAACAGAACUUGUCAUAAAGCGAAGAGCCAAUCAAAUCUUCAUUGCCGCUAUCAUGCUUCGAAAUCAAGCCCCGCAGAAGUAUUACUUUCUGAUUGGAUAUACGGAGGAACUGCUCUCUCAUUGGUUCAAGUGUCCAGUGAAAUUAGAAGUUCAGAUCGUAGAGGACAGGCCAGUGUAUAAGUGGAUAUGAACUAUGAGCUACAAACUAUAGGCUGUGUCAAUGAAGAGGUCUUUACUAUGAAGAGAUAUCCACAAGUGUGACUUGGAACAUUACUCGGGAGGGAUGGACUAUACGGCUAUUUUGUCAUUCUCUGCAUUAAACUUCUAUGCUAACAUGAACAUGUCUUGACUAUAUAAUUACAAAAUGACUUUGCUAUACAUGUAAAUAACCAACCAUUAUUACAAGGCAUGUCAUAAGGAGGAUUCUUUCCAUUCAUCUUUAGAGG